GUGCCGUGCCGUGCCGUGCCCGGCCGCGCUGCCAGCAGCGGGGGAGGCAGCGUGCGGGCAGGGCCGGGGAACGGAGCGAGGGAGGAGGAAGAGGGGACGGCAGAGGCGAGGCCGGCCCGAGGAAAUCCAGCGGCCCCGACAUGAAUUAGGCUGCCAGGGCAGGGAGGGCCCCCUCCCCCGCUGGCGGGUCCGCUCGGCGCCGGGGGAGCAGCGCCGCCCGCUCGGAGCAGCGCACGCACACACGGAGCGGAGCGGGGCCGGCAGGGAGGGCGGGAGGGCGGGGGGCCGGCAGAUGAGGAUGGCAAUGUCUGUGAUCCAAGCGUGCCGCAGCCUGGCGCUCUCAACAUGGCUGCUGUCCUUUUGUUUCGUGCAUCUGCUGUGCCUGGACUUCACCGUGGCCGAGAAGGAGGAGUGGUACACGGCCUUCGUCAACAUCACCUACGCCGACCCGGCGGGCGGCGGCGCCGAGCUCCGCAGCGAGAAGAGCGAGUGCGGGCGCUACGGCGAGCAGUCGCCCAAGCAGGACGCCCGCGGGCAGGUGGCCCUGUCCGCCUCGCCCGCCGACCGCUACGCCUGCGACCCCGGCACCCGCUUCAACGCCCCGGCGCCGGGCAAGAGCUGGGUGGCCCUGAUCCCGCGGGGAAACUGCACCUACAAGGACAAGAUCCGCCACGCCGCCGCCCAGAACGCCUCCGCCGUCGUCAUCUAUAACGUGGGCUCCAGCAACGCCAACGAGACCAUCACCAUGCCGCACGCAGGCCUAGAAGACGUGGUAGCAAUAAUGAUUCCCGAGCCCAAAGGCAAGGAGAUAGUGAGCCUGCUGGAGAGGAACAUCACGGUGAUGAUGUACAUCACCAUCGGGACGCGCAACCUGCAGAAGUACGUGAGUCGCACCUCGGUGGUAUUCGUCUCCAUCUCCUUCAUCGUGCUGAUGAUCAUCUCCCUGGCAUGGCUGGUCUUCUACUACAUCCAGAGGUUCCGCUACGCCAACGCCAGAGACAGAAAUCAGCGGCGCCUUGGAGAUGCUGCGAAGAAAGCAAUCAGCAAGCUGCAAGUCAGGACCAUCAGGAAAGGUGACAAGGAAACUGAGCCAGACUUUGAUAACUGUGCUGUUUGUAUCGAAGGCUACAAGCCCAAUGAUGUUGUCAGGAUAUUGCCUUGCAGGCAUCUGUUCCACAAGUCCUGUGUGGACCCCUGGCUGCUGGACCAUCGCACCUGCCCGAUGUGCAAAAUGAAUAUUCUAAAAGCUCUGGGGAUUCCGCCCAAUGCAGACUGCAUGGAUGACAUACCCCCAGACCUGGAGGCGUCCAUCGGGGGCCCCCCGACGAACCAGAUCACGGGGGCCAGCGACACCACGGUGAACGAGAGCUCCGUGGCCCUAGACCCCCCUGCCCGGAGCGUGGGAGCGCUGCAGGUCAUCCAGGACGGGCCCUCCUUCCCCCAGCCCGCUGAGGGCACCUUCACUGCCACCAGUACUGCUAUGGGCCUGGGCAUGAAAAAGAAGGUAAGUAAUAAUAUUAUGUGUAAAAGGUAGGAGACAGAAGAUGGCACUAGGCUGAAAUGAUUUUACAUUACUCCUCUUACUCUGUGGAGAGACUUGAUAAUCCCAUUUUCUCUCAUGUUGUCAUGCCAGUGUCAUGGAAGUAAAAAUAACUUCUAGAAAGACUGGACUUGUGACCUUAGAUACUGGUGACCCAGAUUUUUACAUUCUGUUUUGUGGAUUUCAGGUUUCGGAUUUGGUCUAAGUUCUGGAUUCAGCAAGGGGUGAGCAGCAAGGUUUUAAUCCCAGCCAUCUUCCACGCUGCCAUCUGGGGGCAUUCAGUUUUCUCAAGUCUCCCUGAGUGCUGGCAAGAGCUGUUCAGAACAAGAUGGGAUUCUGUUCCUUCCAGUAAUUGUUUUGAAAUGCAUUUAAGGCUGGUUCUCAGAGCCAGCAGAAUACUGUGAGGCUACAGAAAUGCCUGAUUUUGCCUUGGUGCCCUUUGUUUUCCACCUUACCCUCCAUUUGCCCCCUUAGCUUUGACAAUAUUGGACAAUAGACAAUCCUUAGGGCUGGCAGCAGAGCCCACGGACAAGGACCUUGCACCAAGAGCAGGCAAACCACAGAGCAUCAGGAGAGCAUCAUCACCUGGAGAGACUGGCCAGGCCAGGGAAGGGCUGUGAAAAGAGGCUUUUCACAGGUAGAACUGGGCAUUGUAGGCAACCUGAACUCUUACGGCAGUGAGAGGGGAACAUCCAGGACCUUAUGUAUAGUUGUGCUAUGAAUCCAAGUGCUAACUAAAUCAGAGGGUAGCUGUAGGCUAAAUAACUGGGUGAUAGCUGUCAGAGUGGAUGGACUUUAUAGGCAUUAUGUCUGUUUAUUGUAUUUCUCAUAUCAGAAUGCUCAGCUACACAGCACAGGGCUUGCUGAGCAUGCCCUUGCUGUGAACUGGCCUGCCUGGCAGUUUGUAAGUGAUGGCACUGACUGCUGCCAGGAAUCUUUGCUGAAGUUGUGGGUUCUGCCCUCUCUGUACAGCACUACUGAUGCCAGCCUGCUCCAAGGCUGAAUCUGCACUCCAAGGUUUUUCCCUUGUUAUUGAAUCUGUGCAGACUCUAAGACUCCAGUGCAGCCUUGACCUGGCCUCCUGCACCCAGCUCCACCAGUCCUUGCACCAUCCCUUGCUCCUCACCAAAGUUCAGUGGUCCAGGAGGUAAAGGACUUGCCAUCUUCUUUCCUCCCGCUUCUGCAACACCUCCCACUUCGUUGUUGCUGCAUUCUUUUUUGUCUGUUGAUUAAUCACUCUGGUAUUGUUGUCUUGGUUUGGGUUUAAUUUCCCUUCCUGUGUUUCCAGUGAUGGUUCAGAACCAGGAGACCUCCCACAGUGUGUCUGGAGGGAGGGUAUUCCCAGAAUACUGCUCACAUGGGGUUACAUUCUGUCUCCAUGGUGGCAAAGCUCCUGCGCUUCAGUGGGGCCAGAUUUAUAAUGUCUGGAGCUCAGCCAGUGCUUUUCUUUUUACUUCUGUGGGUAUGCUCAGCAGACAUCCUGCCUUCUCUCUCUCCCUUUGGUUCCCCAUGCUCCUGAUACCUGUGGGACCCUCAGAAAUGUGGACUACUGUGAACAUCUGGACAGGAGUCAUAAUAAAAAGAGGGGGGAGAGUAGAUGGGGGAAAUAGUGUGAAAUACAUAAGAGUUCAUCCCAGCUGAGUUUACUGCUCUGACUUCUUCAGCUCUCCGGAGCAUGUGACAGAUGACAACCUAAGGACCUUUUUCUACAAUCAUGCAUCAUGGCAAUCUGUGGUGCCCAAUUUUUAACAGUGAGUUAUGCAAAAUGCUGACAUUUUUGGAAAUCUCGGUGCAUGUGGAAUUUCCUGCUCUACAUGUGAUAUGAGUGUGAGCUGGGCUUGGCUAAGAUCUGAACCUGAAGGAGCUCUGAGCUGCACCAGCUUCAGAGGGUGGAUCUGAGAUUUGAGGAGACCAUGGCGAUAUUCUUUGGGUCAGGCUUAGCUGGGAUUGAAUGAUAUGGUUAAAAAGGUAGUUUUCUGGGAAAGUAGCAGCUAGGUAUUCUAAAGGUAUGGUGACACUGGCAGGUGAAAAGUAGUUAUUAGAUUUUAUUCUUUUAUGGCAUCCAUGGUCAUUUAUCUCCCUGAAGCACUUAGUAAUUUCUGCAGUAAAUAAUUUAAUGUGCACUGUCUUUGCCAGUAGAGUUUAUCUCUUCAUAAAUACUUCCCAUUUUUCAAUUUAGACAAGCUUUAUGUUCCAUCCAUCAGGAUAUCUCAUCCCACCACAUAGGGCCUCAGAAAUCCCACUGGCACUAUCUCUGUAGCUGGAAGGAGAUCCCUAAAUAAUUCUAAUGCACACAUGAGCAUGAACAGUGUGAAAAACCACAAACUUUCCUCUAAGGUGUCAUACCACCUGCAAAGUGCACAGAGUUUGGCACAGUGUACAGCAGUGUGGGCAGUCUAGACAAUAUCAGUGGUUCCUUUUCUGCCUCUCAUUUUGUUCUUUCCAUAAAACCCUGCCAACCUACAGCUCAUCAUGACUGUUAGGACCCUUUCAAAUCUCUCUGAUAGCUCUUCAUUACAUCUAUUAAUAUAACUUUUAGGCAAUUAUUUUCAUCUGUGUGUGUCUAAAAUAUCUUUGUGAAGAAUAGUCAGCCUCUGGAAGUGGAUGAAAGUGCAUGAUGAGAACCUGAUCCACUGUUGUCUUGUAACCACUUGACUGUUCCUCCUUGCUGUGAACAGUGGGGUUUUUAUAGGUGGAAUGUAAAGGGGGAGGAAAAGGUGGAAAAUUCCCUAGGUACUAGUUAAUGCAGCAGGUUAUUAGCACUUGCAUUAGCAGGUUGUGAUGCUGUCCCAGAGAGAGGAUCCUGAUGGGACCUAGUUAAAGGCUGAGCUGAUGGGGUCCCACGUGCCUGGCAUGUGACACGAGUCCUGGUGGCUCUGCUGAAAUCCUCUGGGGAUAUUGCACUGAGUAAUUGUCAUGGACCAAAACUUCCAAUGAGCUGAGUUCCUGGAUUGCUUUGGGACCAACACUGAUGCCAACAUGGUGGUUUCAAAGAGCCACCAAGUGAGGCACACCUGGCACUAAAAAUGUGCUCUGGAUUGUCACAUACACCACAAAACUCCUGCCAGGCUGAAUGCACAGGGAAGUUUUCCUGUUAUAAAACUGCUCCUUCUUUCCAUAUGUUGAGGAGUGAAAUACAAAGUGUUUCUGCACAGAAAAUUGUGAAAAGGGAUGUACGAAACUGCUGUGAAGCAAGGAGGAAAUUUAAAUUCUAAUUUAUUUUUUAUUUUCUCUUUCACAUCUCCUGUGUCCAUUGGCACUCUGUACAGAGUAAGGAUGAAGACAUCAGAUCAAUAACGUCCCUUUUCCCCACGGAGCUGUGAUAGGGCUCAGUCAGAGGGCAUGGUAAAAACAGCACAGUGCACACUAGCAUCAAAGUUGCAUUAAUGAGCAUCCACCCAAACUGGCUUUUCAUUGUGACUGCCUUCUGCAAGUGCCAAAGCAUUUGACUGUUCUUUUCAUUGUAACUCAUGGUAACAUAUCUGAGGCACUCAGGGAGUAGGCAAGAACAUAGGCUCUGCUGGGUGGCAAUAAUUAAGCCAUGAAUUAAUAUACACAAUGUAUAAAACAACUUUCCUGGAGAUCUCUGUGAAUGUUUGCUCUAUUUUCCCUCUUGAGGUAGCAUAGCGCUAUAAAUCAAUGAAAAAAAUGCUCCUAAAGGACAAGUGCACAGCAAAUGUAUAGAACAAGGGUGCCACUGGCAGAGUCAGAAUAUGAAAAGCACUUAGCUGAAAUAGCUUUACUAAAUUUAUUAAAUUGUGGCAUCUCAGUGGGGGGAGAAAAAUCACACAAAGGGGGUUUAAAAUCUGCCAGUUCCUUGCCCAGUAAUUAAAUACACAGUGUUCUUAUAAAAGUGUGUUCAGCUGCUGAGGUUUCUUUGGGAGACAGCCACCACUCGUGGUGUGUCAGGUAUGCAUGAGAAACCUGACUUCAGAUUUUUCCCCCAGGUGCUCAGGAUAUUGAAUUCAGCUAAGGUGUUGCUGAACUUCAUUGCUUCCCUGUAAUUGCAUUUUGAAAAGGCACCAGCAAACUGUCUUUCUGCACAUGAAUACCUGUCAAUCUGAAAGACCAAAAUAGCCGUAAAGAAGGGAAUUUUAGAAGAAUGACCCUCUACCAACCUGCUGUAAAUGUAUAUUCCACAGGGCAGAAACAAUUGCCUGUGUUUGCAGUAGUUCCCUUUGUCUCUCUUUUAUUCCUGAAUUAAUCCUUCAGUUCUUGGUUGAUUUUGAGUGACAGAUACAAGACCACUUCCCUUGUUAAAACUUAAAAUGUAUAUAUGUAUAUAUGUACUAUAAAGUGGUACUCAGCUUCUAAAAGCCCUUUUUCCAGACUAGAUAAAAAAUAUACUAAUAUUUUAAUCUUGGAGUUUUUGUUAUUUUAUUUUAUUAUUUUAUCUUGUGUUUUCUAAAGGCUCCUGGGAUCCAACUUGUUCUGGAACUGCCUGGGAACCUCUUGGCCAUGGCCACUUUUCAAUGAGAGGAGUGAAAAGUGAAGGAACUUGAAUAAAAAAGGAAUGGCCAAAGGGGUUAAAAAUGAACUUAAUGCCAGAGUUUUGACUCUCACUUUACAGUAGUGUAACAAAGGGAAAUAAUAACGAGCAGUGCAAAGGCAUUUAGGGUUUUUGAAGUUAUAUGGUUGGUUAAAGCGGUUUUGUUACUUUUAUUUUUCUAGGGAGGUAUCAUUAUAUGGGGUAAAAACUCUUUCUUCUGCCUCCCCAAGCAGUCUUAAUGCUCAGAACACAAAAAGAGGAGGAACAGGACUAUAUAAUAACUUAAAAAAUUGAAACAAAGGUUUUUCAUGCAGAGAAACAGUGAUUUUGAGUUACUCUGUUCCAAUUUGAGUUCCACAUAUAGAAUGUUAGGGAGGCCUUGGUGCUAGUGGUGGUGGCCAAGUGACCUAAUGAACAUAUUUUCUAGUGAAAUUCCAGCUGCAAUUUGUUGAAACUUCAAUUGACCUUUCCCAUCCACUGCUCUAAGAAGAAAUUCAGAAAAUGGAUGUCUUGGGUUUGGCCUUUGUUGUGUUCCCAUGAGCAUUUCAGCAAGCAUCCCUGAUAAAAGCUGGGCUUUGGAGGGGAUUUUCCCAUGCCAGAAUGGGAAUUACACUGUGACUGGAGGCUGAUUUGUAGGGAAAUGCUAAAUGCCCCUAGAUUUAUAUACCCCAAAACUGUUUCUGUGGGUGUCCCUGCAGGAUUCCAUACCAGCCAGCUAUCUUCAUAAAUUUUUUUCAGACAAUAUUUGAGUGUAGCAGGCCAGGCCUGGCACUUCAGAUUUAUUUUUAAUGGGAAAAAAAAAAAAUGUUGAGCUAUUGCAUGAUUGUCAGACGAAUGUUCCAGUUAAAAGGAGAUUGGCAUCAACUGAUUUAAAUUUUCCAAAAUUAACACACAGGAUAAACAGCUGACCUCUUCCUUUUUGAGAGCUUUUCUGGACUGUUGUUCUGUACUUAUGUGUUCUCUGUGAGUGCAUUAAUAUACUCAGACAAGCUUGUUAGAAUUUUAUUUGGUGCACUAGCCCUACCAAGCAACAUUUUGGACAUCUCUGUUCCAAACAAACCUCCUGGUCAUAUUUUAAUCCUCAUCUCAUGUGCUCAUGAUGGGGUUUAUAUGUGCUCAUUUUUCUUUCCUGUGGAAUGCUUUUGAUUAGAUAAAAAUAUUGCUUAAUCCUCUAAGUAAACAGUGAAAGCAACCUAAAGAAGAUGCAGAGGACAUUAAAAAGGUUUACUUUUCCAAAAGAAAAGGUUUUGCUGUAAUCUCAAAGUUUAGGGGUUUUUUUAUUAUUUCUAA